AUGGCAAUGCUUGGUUUCGAGUCGACAGCUGAAUUUUUCGUCUAUCUCACCUUUAUCUUUUUUGGGAUGUCGGUGAUGAAUGUGACGAAUGCCAUUUACUCCAAUUAUGAUUAUUUCUCGGAAUAUUACAAGUUUGCGCAGCGUAAUGCAGAUGCGAUAUCCUCCAAUCCAUCAUUCUGGAAGCACAUGUUCACGUAUUAUAAUGUUGUUGUGUUUACGAUGCAAGUGCUUUUGGAGGCUUUUAUGCUCACACCAUUGGGCCGACGCAUUCCUAUUAGUUGGCGUCUCAUCUUUGGACUCACAAUUCCUAUGGUGGAGAUUAUUGUGAUUUUAGUGAUCCCUGAAGUUGGAGGAAGCGAAGAUGGUGCAAUCGCAACUAUGAUGAUAGUUGCUUUUGUUGGUGGUAUUUCCAAAACACUUUGUGACUCCAGCAAUGCUGCACUUGCGGGACCGUUUCCGACUAAAUUCUAUGGUGCCAUCGUGUGGGGUCUUGCUGUCUCUGGCCUCAUGACUUCAUUUAUGUCUAUUGUUAUCAAAGCAUCGAUGGACAGCAGUUUUGAAAGCAAGAGAGUUCAGUCCCAAAUAUACUUUGGAUUAGUCAUGCUUCUUCAGGUGGUUGCAUGCGUGCUUCUUGUCCUUCUGAGGAAAAACCCAUAUGCCAUUAAAUAUGCUGCAGAAUUUAGGUAUGCUGCGAGGAAGGAUGGAGCAACAGGUGAAGAAGAUGACACCGAUUUUAAAGGAAGGGGCCCAGCAGAUGAGAAUAGAUAUCCCGAUGAAAAGGAUGACAAGAAUGUGCUGAAUGCUGAUAUUGAUCCAGAUAAGAUGAAGGAUACGGAUCAGGUUGAAGGCACUACCAACGCUCAGCAGAUGCUUGAUGCGAGUGUUAUGGUUGUGGUGAAACGCAUUUGGCCCAUGUUACUUUCAUGCUUCUUUGUGUUCUUUGCGACACUUCUUGUAUUCCCUGGUGUAUUCUUUGCCGUUAAAGGCUCGAUGGAUCUUAAUAACUUUUGGUACUUUCCCGUUGCCAUUGCCAUGUUCAACUUGGGUGAUUUCUUGUCUCGUCUGGUGCUGCAGUUCAAGCAAUUGCAUGUGUCUCCGCGUAUGGUUUUGAUUGGUUCAUUUGCACGUGCACUUUUGAUAAUUCCUCUUUCUCUUUGUGUGUCCGGUGCAAUUCCUGGUGUGGGGGUUCCUUUUACCGUUUCUCUCCUUUGGGGUCUCACAAAUGGUUACUUUGGUGGCCUUUCAAUGAUUUAUGGACCACGUACGGGAUCCCUCACCACAGCGGGUCAACGCUCUCUUGCUGCCAUUUGCAUUAAUGUUGCCCUUCUUAUGGGUCUUUUUGCUGGUGCUAUGUUUGCCUUGGCUGUUAAGGAGGGACUUCCUAAAUAA